AUGACUGGAGGAGGAAUGUGUGCCGAUACAGUUAUGUCAUGUAAAGAUUUGGUUUCAUGUGAAAAUGAUAAUAAGACAUGUUCAGUACCCAAUACUGUAUGUGUGAAUAACACUCGAUGCAACAUUCCUGUUUGUUAUCCGAUAGACCGUGCUUCUUUCCAACGGUGUCCAUCUCUCGCCCUGAGAACUUUAACCAAUACGACUGCUCCGAGAACCGUGGAAACAACGUCAUUCACAACACCAAUAGCCACCAUGUCAUCGACACCGAGAUUAUCAACAACAACGACAACCUAUACGGCUCUUAGUAAUUAA